AUGUCCUCCUCCGAUGUUCUAAGAAUGGUCUUGAUUGGCCCACCUGGUGCUGGUAAAGGUACCCAAGCUCCAAACUUGGUUAGCAAGUUCGGUGCUGCCCAUUUGGCUACUGGUGACAUGUUGAGAUCUCAGAUCUCCAAAGGUACCCAGCUUGGCCAAGAAGCCAAGAAGAUCAUGGAAGCUGGUGGCCUUGUCUCUGAUGACAUCAUGGUCAACAUGAUCAAGGAUGAGUUGACCAACAACGCCGCUUGCAAGAAGGGUUUCAUUUUGGACGGGUUCCCAAGAACCAUCCCACAAGCCGAAAAAUUGGACGCUAUGUUGAAGAACCAAGGAACCCCAUUGCAAGCUGCUGUCGAGUUGAAGGUUGACGACGACUUGUUGGUUGCCAGAAUCACCGGCAGAUUGAUCCACUUGGCCUCCGGGAGAUCUUACCACAAGAUCUUCAACCCACCAAAGAAGGAAAUGACCGAUGAUGUUACUGGUGAACCAUUGGUCCAGAGAGGUGACGACAACGCCGAAUCCCUGAAGAAGAGAUUGGACGCUUACCACAACCAAACCGAACCAAUUGUCGAAUUCUACAAGAAGACCGGUAUCUGGUCCGGUGUUGACGCUUCUCAACCACCAGCUACCGUUUGGGAAUCCGUCCUAAAGGCUUUGAACAGAAACUAG